CGAAUCCAGGCUCGAUCGCUAUUAGGGAAAGCCCGACUUGCGCACGUCAACCAAGCACGAAAUUACGAACGGGAAUACAUUCCGCCGCCUCCUGAGCCAUAUAAGCCUCGGCCCACCCACUCGCUCACAAGCCAGCCAGUCAGCUUAAUUAGCCCCCACUUUCCACUUCGGAUUGCUCAUUCUGCACGACCAAGUAGGAUCAACAACGGACACUUCCAACAUACCAGCCACUUCUCACACCAUCCCUAACAUGUCAACACCUCCCUCCCCAACGUCUUCUGGAGGCCCGAGCAGCCCUCGCCGUCUCCCGGAUAAUCACUUCCUCUCCAUUCCUCGGCCGACAUUCCUUGCUCCCCGCCCGCCAACACAUGCACCGGACGUUUCCACCCUUGCUGGUGCGGACUACGACGUCGAUGUCCGUACGGGGUUUAUGCCCCCUUCGCCACCUUUGAUGCACUUGCCGGAGGAGUACGCACCAUGGCAGAAGGUGCUAGACGAUGCGGUGCGGUCUGAGCUCAGAGUUGGCGACAAGCGGGAUACCACCGGUGCCGAUAUAGACAAGGCGGAGCGUUGGCGAGCCCAUGUGCGGGAACUCGCAAUCAUCUCUAUCGACCAUCUCCAGAGGAACAUCCUCCUCCUCCGUCGGGCGCACCAAGUUCUCGCUAGCAUCAUGCACUUCUACGUGCACUCUGUUCCACCACCCAGCGACCCCAGCACACCUCUGCGAGUCCCCGCUCCCAUCGCCAUUCCCCUCGUCGCCGUUUCCCACGAACUGGGGGUCACGCCUAUCCUCACCUACGCUGAUACCGUUCUCUGGAACUGGGAUGUCAUCGACCCCUCCCGUCCCGUGGACGUGGACAACGUGCGCUGCCUCACCCUAUUUACGGGGACGGAGAGUGAAGAGCACUUCUAUACCGUCUCGGCUCAGCUCGAAUUACGUGGUGUUGAAGCUCUCAGUAUCAUGCGUUCCUCAUUGGAUGAAGCGUUCGUUGGUGAUUCUCUUGCAGUGCGGCGUAUUUCGGCCUACCUUUCCCGGCUCGCGCUGGUCAUCGAUGACGUCGCAACUGUGAUGAUGCGCAUGUUCGACGGCUGCGACCCACACGUGUUUUACACUGAGGUCAGGCCAUGGUUCCGCGGCUCCGCAGGGAGCGGCCGGAAAUGGAUUUACGAAGGCGUGUCGUCCGUCGAAGCUGCCACUUCCGAAGACUUGAGCGGGCCGAGCGCAGGGCAGAGCACCCUCGUCCACGCACUCGAUGUCUUCCUCGGCGUUGACCAUACUUCCCAUUCGCAUUCGGCUUCUACGCCCACGACGAGCCUCACACGUGCACCUACGUUCCUCCAGCAAAUGGAGAAGUACAUGCCUGGUCCCCAUCAGGCAUUCGUACACAACCUCUCUUCAUCCGCACAUCAGAUCAGGCCGCUUGUGCUUGCCCAGCCUGCGGGUAGUGAGUUAACACUUGCCUACGACCGAGCCGUGCUCGCCCUGAAGAGGUUCCGUGAUUCUCACAUUCGCAUCGUCACGGUGUACAUUGUCUCACAGCGCGCCCGUGCAGAGAGGGAAGCACGCGAAGAGCGGGAGAAAGCAGGGGAGGUUGUGAAGCGGAGAGCGGUAGGAGAGCAGGCAGAUAUCAGGGGCACGGGAGGGACACAGCUCGUGCCAUUCUUGAAGGAGACGAGGGCGGCGACGCUGAGGACCGUCGUGGGCAAGAAGACAUGAACUGCCUUGCUGGUACCGCCAUCCUGCUAGAUGAUUGGUUGGAAUGGAGGAUGGAAUGUGUAAGGUUGAUUUAUUAAGAUUAGGGAAUCUGUUUGGUUAUUUAGAUCACUCGAGACGGUCUGGAUUUAUUAUUAUACCUAUUUUU